AUGUUGUCAAGUCUUGGAAACCCGCGGCAAGCUGCUGCGCAGCUCAUGAACUUCGCGCUUAUCCUGUCCACUGCCUUUAUGAUGUGGAAAGGUCUCUCCGUCAUUAGCGAUUCUCCGUCACCGAUCGUCGUCGUCCUCUCUGGCUCAAUGGAGCCUGCCUUUCAACGAGGCGACCUCCUCUUCCUCUGGAACCGAAACCUGAUGACCGAGACCGAUGUGGGCGAAGUGGUGGUUUAUAACGUCAAGGACAAAGACAUCCCCAUUGUGCACCGAGUUGUGCGCAAGUUUGGAAAGGGUGACAAGGCACAGCUUCUCACCAAGGGCGAUAACAACCUCUCAGACGAUACCGAGCUCUACGCUAAGAACCAGGACUAUUUGGUACGCAAGGACAUUAUUGGCAGUGUUGUCGGCUAUAUCCCCUUUGUCGGCUAUGUGACAAUUCUCUUGUCGGAGUACCCUUGGCUGAAGACGGUGAUGCUGGGUAUCAUGGGUCUUUUGGUCGUUCUACAGCGAGAAUAG